GAUUUGACUUACGGAGUUGCAACACAGUGAAGAGGCGGAGUGCGUGGCCCAGUUUUCACUUCACGAAUACACUUUUCUGGUUUUCCUUCAACGUCAAGUUUACCCGGACUGCUGGUGUUGAGUAGGCUGCCUCUAAGUCUUAAACUUUCAAAAUGUCCAGCGACCUCAGGCCAAAGCUGUGCGUCUUAGAAAAAGGGGACACCGGAUACGGGUUUCAUCUCCACGGCGAGAAGAACAAGCCCGGUCAGUUCAUCCGUCAUGUGGAGCCCGACUCUCCGGCCGCCGCCGCCGGUCUGCUGGCCGGGGACAAACUAGCUCUGGUCAACGGGGAAAAUGUUGAGGACGAGAAGCAUCAACAGGUGGUGUCCCGCAUACGAGACACCGUGGGCAAACUGGAGCUCGUGGUGUUGAACGCAGAGACCGCAGAACUGCUGCUGAAGCACAAUUUGAAGUGCCAGAAAGAGUAUGUGACUGAUGGGAUACCAAUUCCUGCUGGAUCCGAGCCUGAAGAUGAAGUGAAGAACGGGACAUCAUCCAGAGAAUCCACCCCAGUCCCGGAGACAAAUGGGGACAUGCGCAUAGAUAGACUCAGUGUGAGCUCCAAGGACUCGAAGAACGAGCUGCGUCCACGUCUCUGUCACAUAAAGAAAGGUGCCACCGGAUAUGGCUUCAAUCUUCACACAGAGAAAACAAAACCCGGCCAGUACAUCAGGGCGGUGGAUGAGGACUCACCGGCAGAGAAAUCUGGACUUCGGCCUCAAGAUAAAAUAGUGCAGGUCAAUGGUAUUUCUGUGCACACUAUGCAGCAUUCAGAAGUGGUGGCGGCCAUUAAAGCAGGAGGAGACGAGACCAAACUUCUAGUGGUGGAUCCAGAAGCAGACGCUUUCUUCAUGAGCUGUGAAAUCCUGCCAACCGAGGAGCAUCUCACAGGUCCACUUCCAGAGCCUAUUCCCAGACGUGAAGCAGAAGAGCAGGUGAAUGGAAAAGUUGUCCAGGAGGAAAAGCCUAAAGUAGAAAUGAGUCUGUCGAGCUCCAGCACCUCCUCUAACACCUCCACCUCUGCAGCUCCGGCUCCAGCAUCAGCUCCGGCUCCAGCAUCAGCUCCGGCUCCAGCAUCAGCUCCGGCUCCAGCCAUGGCUGCUGCACCACAGGAGAAGGUGAAGGAGAAAGCCUCCAGCGCAGACGCAGGCCUGGCUCUGAACAUGUCUCUUCAGCAGGCUAAAGAGCGCGCUCAUCAGAAACGCUCCAACAAGAGAGCUCCGCAGAUGGACUGGAGCAAAAGAAACGAGCUCUUCAGCAACCUCUGAGCCUCCUGCGUGCCUCUGUCUCUCUCUGUUGUUUUCUUCACUUCUCCUCCAUCCCAUCAUGCCUCUCUUCUCCAUCAUCGUCAGUCUUUUAAAUCCACUUGCACAUGAUUAGAAAACCCUUUACGUGUACGUUUUAAACCAGUGUUAUUCUGCUUGAGAUUUUCCUCUGUUGAUUUCCUCGUGUUUUUAAAAUAUAUAUAUCUGAUUUAACAUUCCUGUAUAAUGUACAGCCUAGAACUUAAUUAUUUUUAUUUUAAAAAAAGAAAGCUUCAAUGAUCUCUGUAUAUUUUCUUGCUUCGCUUAGCGUGAUAUUGAUGCAGUAUUGGUGACCCUUCAAGAGCGAGUUUGGGUGAUUUCCAGCAGCACAAAUCCAGAUUUGAGUCUUUUAUGUUUAUGAUCAGUUUAUAACGUCAAAUGUAGAAAGUCCAGCUUUAUAAUGUUUGUAAAUGUGAACCGGGAGCCAAUAACCACUGUCUGACUGAAUGUUUUAGCUGAUAAGGUUUUAUUUAAAGUGCUUUGUGAACAGCACAUGCUAAUAAUGUGAGCGAGGAGCGGCUCUGAAACAAGCGUGUGGUGUGAGUUUACUUGUAAAUCUUGCACAGUAGGCCUGUUCUGGUAUCUUCGCUUCAUUCCGUGAGACUUUAAGAUGGUACAUUUUUAACUCAAAUACUGAAAUAUACCUGCUGUUAAAGUCUGUUUCACGCAGAAAUGAUUUUUGUUAUUAAAUAUUAUGAAAAGUC